AUGUUUUCACAGUGUUCCAUUCCGGAAGUGAAGGAAGAGACUGUCGGACAGGCGCUCCAGGAACGGAGGGCUAAGAUCCCUCAGUUUCAGGAUCUGGGCCCUCCGGACCUGAUCAGCAUGGUCAAAUAUAUACCAUCUUCGACGAACCAGGCCAGCAAUAGCCACGCGCUCGACUCCGGCCGAGAGGCAGCCCCAGAUAAGGAUAAAGGGGCCGACGAGUCGUCAUCAUUUGUGAAUGGGUUGCAUUCUGGUGAAAAGUUGAAGGGCGAGACGGGUACCUUCUUUUACUCUUUGGGAGUGGAUUCUUCUGAUCCUACAUCAAUUGCGAUCUUUCUCAAGGGGAUUGCUGAUACGAUUUCUGAAGAGCCGCAGGCGUGGUUCGGUAAAACCAGGAACUUCCAUGUGGCGCGUAUCUCGUUUUCCAGUUGGAACACUUUCAGAAAAUGCGACGUCAACAUUGUCGUGCAUAUUCCAGGUACAGUGCAAACGUUCAUACUUGACUCUCAGGGCGAGCAAUUACAUAUAGCGCCGGAAAGCGAUUACGAGCAGGAUCUGCUAUGGGCAGAAACGUUCUUCAGCGGCGUGGUGAGAUCCAUGAUGCUCAUGAAGGACAAUGCCGAGGAGGGAGAGGUGCAAAACGUUGUUGAGACCCUGAUUAUAAAUCCGCUAACCUCUGGUCAGCUGGACAGUGUGGCAGAUAUGUUCAUCCAGUUGUUUCCUUUGGUCUACCCUAGGGGCGCUGAGCUUGGCGGGCCCUGCUACGUUACGACUAUCACGCGCACGAAUAACUACUUGGUGGAAACCUUGAUCGAAGUGGUGAGAUUAACGCGUAGCGUCGAAGCGUGUCGUCCAGUCCUGGAGAAUUUAAUGAAGAAAUAUCCGGAAUCCGUGGUUGUGCUGGCUCGGGUGCUGCUCACUAACGAUCUUGAAGUCGAUGCUAUCGAGCUGAUAAACUCCGCGCUAUUGCAGUUGGAAGAUAACGACCGUCAAACUGCUGAUCCAGAUUACAAGGCAGAGCUUCUCUGCGUUCAGGCAGACUUUCUUCUCAGGGUCAAACAGGACUAUAAGCUGGCAAGAAAGAUUGCCCAGAAUGCUGUAAACUGCUCGCCCAGCGAGUUCAGGCCGUGGUAUCUUCUGGCUGAGUCGUAUAUUAAACUGAAGGAUAUCGAGAAUGCCCUUUUAACAUUGAACGCCUGUCCAAUGACACCCUUGAAGGAAAAAUAUGCCCUCAAGAGGGUAGUACCAAUUUCAGACAAUUCUUUGCAUCUCCCCUUACCGGUUGAUGCCGUUUAUGACGAAGUCAGCUCACUGGAUCCGCAAAGCAUUCAGAAAGAACAUAAGAACGCAGACCCGGCGUUGGCAAACCUAGCCGCCUCCAAUCUGAAGUCCAUAUUCCAACUGACCUACAGUUUGCUUACCGAGAUAGUGCAGAUCACAGGUUGGGAGAAUCUGCUAAAAUACAGAUCGAAAAUCUUUGUGAUGGAAGAGGAGUAUCAGGUUUCUUCAACUGAAGAGGUCGACAGAACCGAUGAACCCGCCAACGAUUUGCCAGCUCCAUCACAGGAGAACGGCAAACAAAACAGCUCUGUCUCUUCAAAGAGAUCACUGCGGUCGAAAAGACUAUGUGAAAGGUGGCUUGACAAUCUCUUCAUGCUACUUUAUGAAGACCUAAAGACAUACACCUUAUGGCAGACAGAACAAUUGUAUUUCGAAGCACAAUAUUCCAAAUAUAACAAACUGACAUUCGAAUGGGAGCUGUUUGGUCUCUGUGCGCGCCGGCUCGGCCACUUGCCGGAAGCGGCAAGGGCCUUCCAGAAGGGCCUCUCACAAAGAUUUUCCGCAGAGUGCGCUCGAAGGCUUCUCGAGUACUGCGUCAAGGAACGCCAGCGUGUCAGAAUACAGUCCAGCUCACCAAACUCCGAGAUGACCUCCUCCGCCGUCAUGGCACGCAUGAACGAGCUUGAUAGCACCAUCAUCGAUCUAGUCGUCAAGGUAUGCUGCUGGAACCACCGUUGGUACAUAGAGUUCUCCAUCAUUCUACUCGACGCUUUAAGUGAAGCAGUACAGGACAUGGGCAUGACCAAGAUCUCAAAUGAAAUCUCGUCCAGAUUCUCCGAGUCCGUCUUCCGAUUGGUCCAAGACAAUUUGCUCGACUUCUUCUCCAAGUACACAAACAGCUACUACGAUAACUAA